GCUUUGUUCAAAGUUCAAAGUAUUCAUGUUCUGUGGUUGGUCUUGGUCAAAGAAGGCAAAAGUUGCUUGCACAGCAUCAAGCUUGUGGUGUCGUAGUUUUAAUCUUAUCAACAUAGACUUGUCUUCUGGGCUGAUAGAAUGGGUAACACUCACAGCAUAAAUCCAUUACGCUUGGAUGAAGAACUGUUUGGUAUAAUGAAUCAAUUCCCUCCAUUACAUAUGGCAGCAGGAAAUGGCAACUUGUCCACAGUCCGAACCCUGUUAGCACAAGGUUUAUCCAUUAACUCUGAGACUGUAGAGGAUUGCCUUACACCCCUGUUCUGUGCAAUAGAAGGAAAUCGCUUGGAAAUGGUUCAUUUUCUAAUUGCGAAUGGAGCAAAACUAAAUCAUAAAUCAAAUACAGGAUUCACGCCUUUACAUUAUGCAGCUCUGCGAGGUCGUUUGGAUAUUGUCAACACCUUAAUUAAGCAUGGAGCAGAUAUCAACAUUAAAACAGAUACAUUUUCUACAGCGUUGCAUUUAGCUGCAAGGCAAGGUCAUGUGGAUCUGAUAAAUGUUCUCAUUGAAAUAGGAUUAGAUGUCGAUGCAGUAAAUAAGGAUCAAGGGAGGCCUUUGCAUUAUGCAGUACUAAACGGUAAUCUCGAAAUAAUUAAAACACUGAUCUCUCGUGGAUCUGACAUUAAUGCCGGUUGCAUUGCUGAAGGUUUGAACGUGAGUCUAUACCCAUCAAGUAACGCAGACGACUCGUAUGACUCAAAUGUUACCCCAUUACAUUUGGGAACAUCAUUUCGUAGGUCAGAUAUAGUUAAGGUUCUGCUGGAAGCGGGAGCAAAUCCUAAUGCAACAACAAAACGCGGAGUUACACCUUUGCAUUUAGCAUCUGUAGGUGGCUCUAUCGAGUCAAUAAAAGCGUUACUUGCAGCAAAGUCGAAUAUUAAUGCGAAGAAUAACGACAAUUGCACACCAUUGAUCCUAGCAGCUGCACGAAAUUACGUUGAAGUAGUUAAGCAUCUACUUCUUGCAAGUGGAAUUGACGUCGACUCUAAAGGCCCCCAAAAUUUUACAGCUUUGCUGGUAGGCUGUGAGAAGGGCCAUUUGGAAGUAGUUAAGUUGCUAAUAAAACACCAUGCCAACAUUAAUGCUAAAGGAAGUGUGGGUGAGAGCGCUUUACAUUUGGCAGCACAGCGCGACCAUUUAGGAAUAAUAAAUUUUUUAAUUGAAAGCGGGAUAGAUGUUAAUGUAGUAGAUUGUAUGAAUGUAACUCCUUUACAUGUUGCAACUCUGCAAGGCUUUGAUGAGAUUGUCACUGUCUUGUUAAUACAUGAUGCUGACCCAAAUGUACAAGAAAUUCGAAGCAAAAUGACAGCUUUACAUCUUGCACUCCACUAUGAUCAGUCCAAGGUGGCUAAAAUCCUUAUUGAAAAUGGAGCAGACGUUAAUGCAACAAUGAUCAACAAUUUUACACCUUUAUACAUGGUGGCGGUAAAUGGAAAUGUAGGUAUAGCAAAGUCUCUACUUGCGAAUGGAGCAUACUAUGACGUCAGCCCUCAUUUACCAUUGCAUCGUGCAGUAAGAAAUUUGGAUAUAAUUGCAAUGCUCCGACUAUCUGAACAGCUAUUCAAUGCUACGAAAGAAAACGAUCACUUAGCAGUGGAAACUUGCCUUAAACGUGGAGCAUUCGUAAAUAGUAGAAGCAUUCAUUUCAAAACCCCAUUGAUCUACGCAUCGUGGAAAGGAUACGUCAACAUCGUUGACCUUCUAUUAAAAUAUCGUGCAAAUGUAAAUUUCACUAACAACAACAAUGUCUUUCCAAUCCAUUAUGCUGCCAAGUAUAAUCAUAUUGAAAUUGUAUACUCUUUACUCGAGCACGGUGCAAUGUUCGAUGUGGUUAGUACUACAGGCCGUAAUACACCGCUGGACUGUGCCCAAGUUGCCGGCAAUAUUGAUAUUGCCAAUCUUUUGCAGUUGGUCGAUCAUUUGUUUGAAGAAGCUAAAAGUGGCAAUUCAAUUGUUACAAAAUUAAAAACAAUUAGAGACCACAACCCUAAGGAAUAUAUAGCUGUUACCAAUGCUCGAAACGGUCAAAUGAAAACGCUUAUACAAGUCGAACGUGCCAGUCGCAAUAAAAAUGUUACAAGUUCCCAUCCAGAAUUGGUACAGGUACCUGAAACUCAAGCUGAGUAAUGUUCAGUUCGUAUCUCAUGAUAUUCAUAUUUUUAUACUGCAUGUAGACCUAUGAUUUUUUAAGUUUGAAUUGUUCUUUUAUUUUGUUAACUGUAUUAUUGCUGUAUAUCUAUCCAACAAAUAUAGAAAUAUUUUGC